CCGCUUUCUUUCUCCGUCACACGCACACACACUGACUCCUUCUCGCCCUCUCUCGAAUGCCGCCAACCACACACCUCCCUUCGCCUCCUGAUCCUUCAUCUCUGCAUGCUGAAGCCGGGACUGUGAACGGCGAAGGCAAGGCAUCUUGGAUUGUUCAAAAGUAUGGUGGCACUUCGGUGGGCAAACAGCUUCACACGAUAGCAAACGUCAUUGCUCCUUCGUACCUCGCAAAUCGCAAUGUGCGCCUCGCCAUCGUGUGCUCGGCGCGGUCCGGCCAGACCAAGGCGCUUGGAACGACGAACUUGCUCCUGCAAGCUGCUAGCGAGGCCCUGCAGUCCGUCGAUGAAGACAAUCCUGAAGGGAGCAAUAGCAUGAGCAAUUCCGUCAGCUCCCUUUCGGGCUUAGGCGGAGGAGGCAACACGCCUCAGUCGGCAUUCUCAAGGAGCGCAAGGAGUUUGUCGCGACGAGGUGGAUUACGAAGCAAUGACUCGUCGCCGGCGCUAGCGUCGUCCCGGAGCAAUAGCGGUCUCGAGGCGCUGUCUCUCUCCGAGCAAAGCUCUCCCGCUUCCAUAGGGUACAAUGCCACGGUAGACAAGAUCAUGCAGGACCAUCUUGACGCUGUGAAGAAGGCGGUGACGAGAAACGAUAAAGCGCGAGAGACGCUCGAGAGCGAGAUCAUCGAUGAUUGCGAGCGAUUGCGCGACUUUCUCAUGGCGGCUAAAAUUAUCGAAGAGAUUUCGCCAAAAUCAAAGGACAUUAUCAUGUCCAUCGGCGAGCGAUUGUCAUGUCGCAUCGUCGUGGGCGCCCUGCUGGACGCCGGCAUCGAAGCGGAGCUGGUCGGGAUGGAGAGCAUCGUCGACGCUGCCUUUCUCGAAGAGGUCAGCAGCAAGGGCGGACCAAAAACAGCAGCAGCCGACGAGGUCAUGCUCGAUCAGAGCUUCUACGAUCUCCUGGCAGUCAAGAUGGCUGAGCGAUUGGAGCAAGUCAAGGGUGUCCCCGUCGUGACGGGCUAUUUUGGCAACGUCCCGGGCUCCUUGCUUUCUCAAGUGGGAAGGGGCUACACGGACCUGUGCGCGGCUCUGUGCGCCGUGGGCCUCCAUGCGUCCGAGCUGCAGAUCUGGAAAGAGGUCGAUGGUGUCUUCACUGCCGAUCCCCGCAAAGUCAGCACGGCUAGGCUGAUCCCUGCCAUCACGCCCGAAGAAGCCGCCGAGCUGACCUACUACGGCAGCGAGGUCAUUCACCCCUUUACCAUGGAGCAGGCCAUCAAGAAUUCUGUGCCUAUUCGUAUCAAGAACGUGGAGAAUCCCUCGGGCGGCGGAACGGUGAUUUUCCCACCGACGUCGCUACAGUCUCUCCAGAACGCGAGCGAACUUGACAUGAUGGGCGGUCACCUCAUCCAGCCUCAGACACCCGGCGCAAGCGGAACGUCUACGCCAUGGGGUAGCAACCCACUCGCUGCCAUGGUGCACGGAGGCGCUGCUAGCACCCUUGGCACACCACCAGAGCCUCGUCCCAGAAAGCUGCCCACGGCAGUCACCAUCAAAGACGAUGUUUGGGUACUCAACGUGCAUUCAAAUCGCAAGACACUCUCCCACGGCUUCUUUGCGCGCAUCUUUGGAACGCUGGACCGGCACGGCGUCGUUGUCGAUCUCAUCAGUACGUCCGAGGUGCAUGUGUCGAUGGCGCUGCACUCGUCGCAACCUGGUCUGCGCCGAUCGCGGACGGUGGAUCGCUUGCGCGCCGAGCUGGGCAGCCUGGGCACCGUCUCGCUGCUCAAAGACAUGGCCAUCCUCAGCCUCGUCGGCACGCAGAUGAGGAACAUGGUGGGUGUCGCCGGCAAGAUGUUUGCCACACUCGCCGAGGGCAACAUCAACAUCGAGAUGAUCAGCCAAGGCGCAAACGAGAUCAACAUCUCGUGUGUGAUCCACAAGAGAAACGCGCUCAAGGCGCUCAACCUCAUCCAUUACUCCGUGCUGGAAGUCAGCCCAAAGGCCAACAAUCUCGAAAGCGGCAAUUUUGGACGAUCGUUCUUCUAGCUUUGGAUUGCCCCUCGCUCUUACAUACAGUGUAGUGUGCCUGCCGUUUCUCCUGCCACUUGCUCGACCAUUGAUGAUAGAAAGAUUUAACGCAAGCCCAGAUAAUUGUUUGGAUGUUUCACAGAUUGAUUUGCGAGGGAGUUCACGAACGAUGUCAGGUGUGAAUGAGAGGGUAUGGUAAAACAUGAAGGAAGACCAGCUACGUCGGAAAGAAAAGACAAUUGUAAUAA